CCCAGACAGGACAGGAAACAACAAAAAGCAAAACUGCGUUUUCUUCUCUCUCUACCCUCCACCACCGCCUUCCUUCCUUACCUUCCUUCCUUCCCCUAUAUAAACACCCACCGCUUCAUCUCGGUCUCCAACCUAAACCCUUCUCUCUCUCUCUCUCAAAUUUCAGAAUCAUAAUUCUGACUCUCUCUCUCGACGUCUUCUGAAUUCUCUCUCUCUCUCUCUCUCUAGAUUAUUUGUCCUCCCUCUUUCAGAUCUGAUUUUUUUUUUUUGCAAGUUUUCAGAUCUGAAUUUUUUUUUUUUGGUUUUACUCCUUCAGUUGAACAUAUCUUUUGGGUUUCCUUCGUCCUAAUUCUCUCUCUCCCUCUCAUGGCCUCAAUCGCCGUACUUCACCCUCAGGAUUGCAUCAAAGACCACCUACCUCGCCGCCUACCCCUAAUUUCUCCUCCGAUGAAGAACCCCCACGCAAACCCUAACCCCACCAGAUCCAACCGCAGAAAACGAAGCCCGGAGAAGAAGAACAACAACAGUAAACCCAGAAAUGCGACGGCGCACGAUUUCCCCGUGAAAACCCUCGUCAUGGGCCAAGUGAAAAUAUUGAAACGCGGCGAAGAAACGACGGCGUCGUCGAAGAACCCAGCCAGUGAGAAAAAAGUCGGAGGCUUGGGCAGUUCGGAAAUGAAGGCGAAACAGACGAGAAUCGGCGAUUUCUAUGCCGGAUCGGCGGUGAUGAUUACGUCGCCGCCGCCUAGCUCCCUGCCUUUGCCGGGUUUCUUUACUAAGAAAAAUGUUUUGCGUAUCGACAACGACGCGUCGGCCGAUUUACGACGACUUCUUCGUCUUGACUUGAUGUGAAUGACACUCUCCAAAUACCAGAACUCGGCGAGAGAGGGUUCUACUGAAGAAUUAUAAGUGACGACUAAUCUGGUGCCUUAAGUGUUUAUGUUAUGUUAUAGUUGGUGAUGUUUGGUUGCUCCAAUUUGUGGGCUUUCCCUAAUUUUUUGAAAACGGGAAAGGUCAGAUUGGAAAAGAACAAGUUCUCAACUUUUCUCUUCAAUAGACGGUUAGGUGCUUUGUUGGGUAGUUUUAACUUAGGAAUGCUUUUAUGGGGUAACUUAAUAAGUGUGUAGCCUCUUCUGGCACAGAUUAUGGCUAGUUUCAGUAGGUUUUUUUUUUUUUGAAGAGAUCAUAAGUUUCAGUAGUUUGUACAAGGGUUUUUAGUUGGGAUGCCUUUUAGUAGGUUCAUUAUGUUUUGUUUCUUUGGUUUUUGUCUUCUUAUAGACCGUGUUUAAGGUUUCAUAUUUAGGUGAAAUUUGAUGGAAGAUAGACUAGCUUUUGUCCAUAGGUGAUGUUUCUUCUGGGAUGUAACUAGUUUCUUGGAAUACUAAUGUAACCGAUGCUAAUUUGAAUGUACUGUUAAGUUUCAGUUUAAAA